AGCAGGACAGGAGCGAGCGACGGACGGGUCUCGUGUAGGCGGUGGUGUCUUUGGAGCGUUGGUGUUGGUAGAGGACAGGCGGGGGCGGAGGAGUUGUGUGAGAGGGUGUGCUUGGUAAAGCGCCUCUCUUUUCUCUUGUUUCGCUGGGUAUCCUGCCCAAAGUCAGCGAGUCUUUGCUGAGCAGGCGCCAUGGCCGAGCUGCCGGAGAAGCGUCACAAAGUUGAACCAACCGUUGAGAUGGCCGAGACUGCCGCCGCUGCUCCUUCAGACCAGCGCCGAGUGCUGGCACAGCUCAAGACCGAGCAGGGAGAGGCUGCUGGGCCACCCCUCGAGUUGCCCAUUGAUGUGACCCCUCAGCAGCUGCAACUUUUGGCCAACAGUCUCCUUCGUCAUGAGGACGAUGAUGACAACAGCAAGACCCCGUAUGCCUUCUUUGUCAACGAAGAAGAAAUUGUCGAAACGCUGCAAGCCCUGCUGGAGCGGCAAGCCCACCAUGCAGAGUCGAUUGUGUCCAUCGUCUGUCAGCCUCAGGCCAUUUUCAAAGUGCGCGGCAUCAGCCAAUGCAGUGCCACCAUCCCUGGCCACGCGGAUAACAUUGUUGAUGCCUACUUCUCACCCAAUGGCCAGCAAUUGGCUACUGGCAGCGGUGACAAGACCGUCCGCUUCUGGGAUGUGAAUACACAGACCCCAAAGUCAACGUGCAAAGGGCAUCGUCAUUGGGUUCAAUGCAUUGCCUGGUCACCGGAUGGCCUCUACGUGGCCUCGGGCGGGCGUGAUAAUGAGCUUCGGAUAUGGGAUGGCAAGACCCACGAAAUGCUGGGCAAACCGCUAGUCGGCCAUCGUGCCUACAUCACCUGGAUUGCGUGGCAGCCACUGCACCUGACCAAGGGCAAGUCGCAGUUGGUGGCGAGCUCGUCCAAGGAUGCUCAGACGAAGAUCUGGGACCUCUCCAAAGGUCGUUGUGUCAUAACACUCAGCCAACACACCAAAUGUGUCACCUGUGUCAAGUGGGGUGGUAGCGAUCUCAUCUACACGGCUUCGCAAGAUACCACCAUCAAGGUGUGGCGUGCCAGUGAUGGCGUUCUCUGCCGUACGCUGCAGGGCCAUGCCCACUGGGUCAACUCCCUCUCCCUGAGCACAGACUUUGCCAUGCGCACGGGCCCCUAUGACGAGCGCGGCCGCAUCGGAAGCGAUGGAGACGCAAUUGCGGCGGCCAAGGAUAAGUAUGACGCCGUCGUCAAAGCUGUUGGCGAAAAGCUUGUCUCUGGCAGCGAGGUGCGUCCGAUUCUGCAAUGA